AUGGACUCGAUAGUGCUGCUACAGGCAGUCGCGGGUGUGGCGCGCGCUGUGCGGUCGCUAUACGGUCCCAAUAAGCUGCGCAAACAGGUCACAGAUGAGCUGGACCAGACGUUGUUCACUGCGGAUACGUACACAGUGGCAAGUGUGUUACAGAGCCAGAAUGCAGGCACAGCCAUCCUGCAGCAAGCGCUGGAUGAUCAGCAAAAAGAGUUCGGCACGACAGCCAAGCACAUGCGAGUUCCCCUUACAGAAGCCAUUCCAUCCUUCCAAACAUUGAUAUGGACCCGCCAACUCGAAGCUUUGGGGCUGAUACUCGGCGACAAACCGAUAGCGACGUCUCUAGCGGUAAAAGCAGCCAUGAGACUCGAUCCAGUUCGGUUUUGUGACGAGAAUGUGUCCCUUUCGGACCUUGUAACAGCGCACGUUGUGCUGGGAGGUGUAACAUCCGCCGUUAGCUCCCAAGUAUUCGAUGGCGUGCUGCUUCCGGUUGUAGACGCUGCUCCUCGGAAUGCCUUGUGGCGCAGAUUUUCUUCAAAUUUCGAGAUUUCCAUUACCGGAGGCAUCGUCAUUCUCGCUGGAGAUCUGGACACGCUUGACUUCGCUGCAAACUCUUCCGUUCGCGUUAUUUUUGUCCAUGGUGACGUAAGUACCAAAGUUGUCGACGCGUCGAUUUCAACUCCAAACGCUCCGGUUUGCAUCCCUGUAUCUUCCUACAACUCACUAAUUCAACUCGCAGAGAUGAGCGGAGCUGAAAUUGUGGACUCCUGGGCAGAGCUCUUGCCUAGUGCCAUUGGUUGCGAGCGUCUCCAAUUGAAAUCUCUUGAGCGUUCUGUAAGUGGAUCUCAAGACGAGGAAGUGGCCAGUUUCUUCGUGCAGGUUAUCCUGUGUAACACAGGACACCAACCUCACACAUCCGUCAUUGUACAAGGCCCAACGAAAUCUCUGGCUGAAGAGCUACGCAGUGACACUCAUAAGAUGAUUUCUCGUCUUCGCAAUACACUGCGCUCCGGAUAUGUACUCCCAGGCAACGGAGGGUUCUGGUGUGCCUGUGCUGCAACCGUAGAGCAACAAGCAGAGUCACUGGGCAAUCAGGAACUAUUGAGUUUUGCUGCAGCUCGUCUCACGGAUCCACUUAUUCAACUGGGUGUUAUCUUGCUAGAGAAUUCACCUGGGAACGACUCGUUCUUUUCGAGACUGGCGCUAAUUCGCAGGGUGCAAAAGAGGUUUAUCCGUAGCGUACAAGACGUCGGUGCUACCAAGUUUUACUCACGCUAUUACGACUACCGAAACGCUCAGUACGCUGUCUUGGCAUUGAAAACAACUGAACCCGAAAGCGAAGACGGUCGAGUUUUCCAUGUCGACGAGUACAAAUCCAUGAUUUCCGCUAUUCGAAAGAGCUUUAGAGUGAUCCAGCUCCUACUGAGCAUCGAUAGACACCACAUCAACUAA